AUGGUUACAGAUGACGAGGAAAUCGGAGAUUUACACGAGGUUAUGUCUUCAGCUCCUUUGCUAACUGAAAAUGGUGAGAAUAAAAAUCAAGUGGUGAGAAAAAAGAGAAGAUGUUCAGCAAUUUCAUCAUCACAUAUUGGAAUGGUCUUUGCUUUUAUUUCCUGUAUGUUCUUUGCUGGUAGCUUCACUGGCGCCAAAAUGGUUACCACUGUCCAUCCCUUGGAGAUUACAUUUGUGCGCAUGGUGAUCCAGAAUGCAUGCGUCACUCCCAUCAUGCUGUGCAAGAACAUUUCAUUCCGAGGGGAGAAUGCAUACCAGUACAGAUGGCUGAUAUCACGUGGUGUUACCGGAUGUUUGAGUGUCACGUGCGUAUUUAUAGCUGUUCAUUUAAUGCCCGUUGGAGACGCUGUUGUGAUAUUCUUCACAAAUCCUAUAUACACUGCAUUUUUGAGCUGUAUGUGUUUGAAAGAAUCUAUCAAAGUUAUUGAUUUUCUCCUUGCCUUAAUCAGCGUUAUCGGUGUUAUGGUCAUACUAAAGCCACAAUUUUUGUUCUCUGGAUCAUCACAAAACACAACACUAACUGAAGUAGAAAGCUCCGAAUCAUUACUGGGUGCGUUGUUUGCUUUCUUUGGCGCCCUAUUUGCUGCCAUGGUGUUUGUUUCUAGUAGAAAGCUAGGGAAGAAAGUAAGCUAUCUGACAAUAAUAUUUUAUUAUUCUGUGUGCGGAAUAAUCACCACUUCAACAUUACUGUUCAUUUUAGACAAGUAUUCACUGCCCCAAACGCCACAUGACUGGUUUUUCAUAGUGUUUGUUGGACUGUGUGGAGUUGGUGGUCAAAUCCUUCUCACAAAGGCUUUGCAGUACGAAAAAGCUGUAUACGUGUCAAUUAUACGGACCAUGGACAUUGUCUUCGCCUAUAUUUUCCAGUAUUUGUGGUAUGGUAGCAAACCGGACUGGGUCGCCAUGUUGGGCGCUAUUUUAGUGACAAUUUCUUCUGUAGGCAUUGCAUUGAAGAGAUGGUACUAUGCCAAACAGGAUAAAUUCGAAACAAAUCCAGUUGAUGGCGUGGAAGAAGAUAACAAAAAAUAG